AUGAAGCUCUCCACCUUUGCAGUUGCCGCUCUCGCCGCACCCUUCGUUCAGGCUGCCCCAACUGACAUUCGGGAACUCGCCAACAGGCAGACAAAACCCAAAGAACUCAUCCAGCCAGAGCUCUACCCGGUCCUCCAACGGUACACCAGAUACGCCGUAGCCUCCCUCGCCACCUUCGUCUACGGCUUCGGAACCUGCAAAAGCCCUCCCUUUGGCUCAAAACUCGUCCGAAAAGUUGUCUCCGACAUCGUAAACGACACCCAAGUCGCCGUCUUCCAAGAUGACGCCGCCAAGGAAUUCAUCGUCUCCUUCGCUGGCUCAUCUUCACUACAGGAUUUCGGAACAGACUUCAACUUCUUCUUCAUGCCCUUUGAUUCUGCACCAGGCUGCACGGGUUGUCAAGUCCACGGCGGUGUUCUGAAAGGCUGGCGAUCAGUUCAAGCUGGUGUUAUCCAGGCCCUUGCCGAACUACGUGCUGAGCAGCCGUCCUACUCCACCAUCAUCACCGGUCACAGCCUAGGAGGUGGUCUGGCAAGUAUCGCGUACACCGACCUCAAAGCCAACGGCAUACCAAUCAAAAUCGCAUACACCAUGGGCUCGCUGCGCGUCGGAAACCAACAGUACGCCGACUACACUGACAAGCUGUCUGGUGCAAGCGACACCAAUCUCGGCACUCUCAUCCGUAUCACGCACCGAAUCGACGGCGUACCCGGGUUACCGCUCACCCCCAUGGGUUUUGUACAUACGCGCACUGAGAUCUACGAGCAAAACACUGCACCCAUUCUAGGAACCCAGAGUGCUGGAACAACGUACCGCUGCUUUGGCCAGGAAGCGCCGGAUUGCAACAAGGGGACUGCUACGGGCUUUAUUAACCAGGAUCAUUUGGUGUAUACUGAGAUUAAUAUGACAGAUGGCGCGCAAUGUAAUAACUGA